AUGGUUGAUCCAACGUCGUUUGAUAUUACGAUCCUUACUGUCAUCGGAGGAGCCGUAUUUAUUGUUCUCGUGGCAAUUGUUUUGUUUUUCAAAAGAAGAGAAGAUAGCUCAUUUGACGAGAACUUCAACAAGGAGGCCCUUAUUUACCUCAGUGAGCCUAGCAAGAAAGACAAAAAAAAUUUGAAGAAGGCUACCAAAAAAACUGAAAAGAACAAAGAAAAGAAAGAUUCUGAAGCGAAAAAAGAAUCACCGAGGACAGAAUCAAAAAGGAAAGUUGAGGAGAAUACUGUCGUUAAGCCAGCUGACGAGAAACAGGAGGAGGAAACCGAAAAAGUUGUUGACAAUGUUCCUGUCGAAGCAAAGCUUCAAAUUGACACUAAACUUGGAAAUGGAAAAGAAAACAUUAAGACCGAAAAGAAAAAAUCCCCCAAACCAAUCGUCAACUUGGACUUCAAAAAAGUUAUUCAGCGUCUUUCGAGUUGCGAAAAUAUUGAGCAAGAAUAUGUCAAGUUUUUGGAAACUAUGCAGCGCGAGCAUGAGCUUCAAAAGCAUUCACUGAAAGAAGAAGUAAAGGCCGGUCAACGAAAACUCAUGGAAAACAACACUCGAAUCGAUAAACUGACUAAGGACAAAUUGGCGCUCGAAAAUUUCAAGAAGGAAGAGAUUACCAAAAAUGCGACUCUCUCCGCUCGUGUCAAACAAAUGUCGACAUUGGAAGCCGAACUCCGCCGACAAUUGGGAGAGUCACAAACGACUAUUGCACGCAUUGAGGAAGUCCGCGGUCGCGAUGUGGGCGAGUUGCAACAAACAAUUAGCGCGCUGAGAAGAGAGCUUGAUGGGGUCAAGAAUGAUAACAAGAAGCUGGCUGAAGAAGUGAAGACCAAUUCAGUUCCAAAAGUUUCUGAAAUUGAAUUCAAUAAUCUUAAUGUGCAAAUUAGAGCUCUUGAGAAAGUUGUUGCGGAUUGCAAACAAGAGCUUGAAAAGAAAAUCAAUACCGUAAAGGAGUUAACUGUCGAAAUCACUGCGAAAAAUGAAACCAUUCAAAAAUUAGAAUCUGAAAAGCAAGAAUGGGUUAAAAAGGAAUCAUCCCUUGUCGUCGAAUACGCAAACUUGAAGAAAAUGGUAGAAAGUACAACGAAGCAGCUUGAAGAGUUUGUUGAUUCUAAGACAGCCGUGGAGAAGCAGAAUGUCGAGUUGAAGCAGAGAGAAGCUGAUUUGCUGAAAAAGCAAGGGGAAUUAUUUGAGAAACAACAACAGGAUGAAGAGAAAAUCGCCGAUCUUGAAAAAGCCCUUUUCGAUAAAGCUCAAGAAGUUGAGGAAGUUGUUAUCGUUCAAAGGGAAAAUGCAGUUUCUUCAGCUCCUUCCUCAUCGAGUUCAGAAGAAUUCGAAAAGGUGAAAGCCGAAAAUCAGCGACUACAAGCUAAGAUUGAAGAGCUCCGUAACAGGAAUUUUGCCAUUUUGGAGAAGGUCGAGUCUGCUGGUCACAAAGCUCCAGAAGCCAAACAGAAUGUCAGCAAAGAGCGCAAAAUCGUGGUGACAACUAUCGGAGAUUUAGCGAAGAAACCGCUUGAGAAUCUCGAGGAUUCAGGGGCUUACACAAAGUGGCUACAGGACACAACUGCUGAUAUCAGAAAGAGAUUAUCGAGCCAGUCGGAGCAAUCGGUCGGAAAGACAGCUGCUCCAAAAAAGGAUAAGAAGAGAAAACCUUCUGAGUCAUCGACAGUGCCGACGUCGGGUGACGUCACCGUUUAUCGUGAUGCACUUAACGCGCUGAUGACCGAACUAGAUCACAUUGAAAAGCUGGCGGCCAAGCAAGCCUCGGAGUACGAAGCGAAGAUUGUGGAGUUGAAGCAGAACUUGAAUUAA